GUUGUGAGUGGGCCUAUCAUCCAGCAUAGGCAUACAUGAGUAGCCUAUUCAUUAUUCAUGUGAUUGCAGUUGCCCUGUUAUGAUACAGUCCUAUUUGGAGUGGGCUACCUGAUUUGCUCAGCGCGUCCGUCAAGGCAGUGCGUGGCCCUGCGUCGGCUGGCUGCGCGCGCUCAUAGGUCGGACCGAGAAGAAUCGGAGGGGGAGCAAAACAGAGUGCGCGCCUACGAGACUGCGCGCCGCGAGGAGGGGGAGAGGUCCAGCUGCAAAAAAAAAAAAAAAAAAAAAAGAGGAAGAAAAAAAAAUAUGCCGUGACAAUGGCAACAUCAAGCAUCUCGUAAAAGCUGGAGAAGAGGCGAGGGGGCGCCGCGAAUCGGGAGUGUGAGAGGCGACGACCCCUGUUUGUCCCGAGAAAAGCGGCGAUAUUAGGACAUGCUGGCUGCCCUGUAGCGCGUUUCCUGGAAUACGAAUUCUUCCGUAAUUGAAAAUGGAGCGGCGGGGGAGAGGAGAGUCGCGCUGUCUCCAUCACUGAGAGGCGCGUCCACCUGCUGUAACUGGAGGCCCGGGCCGCCGCUGCUGGUGCUGCUGGUGCUGCUGGUGCUGCUGGUGGCGGGGCGGGCGGGGGGGGGGGUUAACAUGCAGGGGAAGCGUUCGCGUUUCGGGGGAGCGACGCAUUUCUGAUACGGCCCCCGAAAGCAGCCGAGGACGGAUCCCACUGCGACGGCAGGAGGACGCGGGGGGAAAAAAAGCGCAGUUCGGGCGCACACGCUCUGGAGGUGGGACAGUCAAAAUGAUGCGUAGGAGGUGCAGCGUCGAGCCGUAUUGAUGGAUGUGUUAACAGACAGCAGUCUCACACUGAUCGUGAAGACGUCAGACCCGGAGAAUGCGAAUGCAGUGGAGAACACAGGGGUAUGUGAGCAGAGUGGUGAUCUGAGUCUGUGCGGGCUCAUUGAUGCUGCUCUCCCGCCAUCCUCAUCUCCUCCCACUGCAGAGACUUCACAACGGGCCAGCACAACACACCAGAGGGCCGUCCUCCCCCUGCCCCUAACCGCUGACCCCUCAUUGGGCCUCACAGCAGCCCCCUGCCCUCCCUGUGAUGACACUCCACCUGUAGUCCCCCACCUUCACCCGGCACUCACGUCUACGUCACUUCCUGCCCCAGCUGUGAGCUCCUGGGGCCCAACAGAGGACGCUCAGAAAGGUUCCCUCCCGCUACCUGUUGCCCUUCCUCUGCCUGCCGCAAUGAUGGAGCCCGGGACUGUGUCUGCACUGACAGAGGAGUGUCUUCUGCAGCCCACGCGCACCUGCCUGGGCUGCUUCAUCGAGACCCGCGACGCUGCUGACCCCAGUUCCAUCCAGAACCCGCCACAUGACCCUAACGCCAACCCUGACGCAGUGACUGGACUAAGCGUAAGAAUAGGGGACGUGAGCCGAGAGGACUUCUCUGACAUCAGUAACAUCAGCAUCCAGUGCCUGAGCCAUGCGGGGGAGGCAGUGAGUCAUUAUGGAGAACAGCUACUCUCUGACCAGCUACUUAGCUUCCCUCUGCCGAAAGCUCCAGGUGAGGGCAAGAGAGUGGAUGUAAACAAAUCAACAGAAGACUGUGAUGACCCAGAGGAUGAUGCGACAGCUAAGAACUUAUAUGAAGGACUGUUACUGGACAAAGUGAGCGGGGAAGAGGUCCUGCUAGCUAACGCUGGCCAGGACUGGGGCUACUUUGAGUCAUUCAUCAGUGAGAGCAAAAUGGAGCUGCUGGACCUUUGUUCUAAAAAUGAACUGUCAGUCAACCUCUUCUCUGAGGAAGACGUGGACAAUCUAUUCGACGACGAGGACGACGAUUCGACCCUGAGCAGUGACGUGUGUUCGCUGAAGAUCCGCUACGAGUCUUUCCAGGACAACAUGAGGGAAAAGACGAACGUGCUCCAGGAGGAGACACAGUUCAACUUCUUCCCCAGCGUGCUGGCCAACUGUGCCAAGAAGGAGGAGGGGGCAGCGGGUCUACGGAGGAGUUCUGAGGAGCUACAGUCCAAGACAGAUGCGCUCGCUCUGGAAACGGGACAGGAAGGGAAGGCCGGGGACUGCAGCAGCGGGAGCCCCCUUCACGGCUCCCAAGGCUCGCCCAUGUCCACGUCCAAAGUCAACUACCUGAUGGACUUCAACUCCACCGAGGAGUCGGGCGAGUUCAGCGACGACAGCUCCUGCACUGGCUCGUCCUCGGACACGCUGCAGGAGGGCAGAUUUAAAAAGAGCCACUCAAAGAGAUUCCUCAGCCCCUCCAACCCCCUCAACUAUGGCCUGCGAUCCAAGAGAAAGGUCAGAUACAGCGACGAUUACCUAUAUGAUGUUGACUCGCUUGAGAGUGAGAAGAAUGCGGAGAAAAAAGAGAAAGCUCCCACUGGUCAGAAAGAGGAGGAGGAUGUAGACUGGUGUCCCAAAAAGCGCCGGAAAUCCUACCGAAAAGAGCCACCUGUGGUCAUCAAGUACAUCAUCAUCAACAGAUUCAAAGGCGAGAGACUCAUGUCAGUUAAACUGGGCAAGUUGGACCCUAUGGGUGUUACUGUGAGUUUGAACGCAGACACAGUAAGCAAAUAUGAGACACUGGCUCCUCUGAAGCAUUUCUGGCAGGAGAAGCAAAGAGAGAGACAGGAACAGCUUAAGCUGGCUGCCAGAGAUAAACAACAAUGCGGUUUUCAUCUAAACGGACGCCAUCAUCGCCCUUUUAAUUCCAGUCAUCCCAAAAGGAAAUACAAGAUUGCAAACAGGCUUAAGGUUCAGAGGAUUCAUGCUGUGGAGCAAUCAGCAACAGCACAGGGCUCCCCUCACUCUGAUCAAGGCCAGGGAGGUGUCGCUAAAGAGGAGGCCACCCCUAUGGCAGGGGGAAUAAUAGCAGCCCCAGGCCUCCCAGUCACAUUAGACACAAACUCCAUCACGCACAUAGUCACAGCCAAGAGCCGCUCCCAGGAGAGGGAGGAGAGGGAGGGGAGGAGACUGGGAGGAAAUAAAACAGUAAGGAUAAGGAAAUUCAAAAGCGAAGCCAGGCUGAGGAGCAAGAAAAUGAAAGGGGCAGAAGGAGAGGAGGGGAGGAGCGUGACAAAUGAAACGGAUGCCUGUGUCGCUGCGGCACAGAUUGAGGACCCUACUGCUGGGUUAGUAGAGGCAGGCAUUAGCUCAAAUGCAGUCAAGACCCAUUUCUCUGACAAUACUACAAUUGCUCACACAUCUGAGGAGAAAUUCCCCUUUGUUUCGUCCACCUGCUCACCUGACAAGACUCCUGCUUCAGAGGAGGUGGAAACGGGCGUCCCUGUCAUCCCGGGGGGCUACCUGCAGACCCUAUUAGAUGCUACAGACUCCUCCACUGGAGCAGCUAUCUCCUAUUUCCCCCAGCAGCCCUCCAGGCAGCAGUAUCCUCUGGGGCUGUCCCUAGAGGAGAAACAGUUUUCCUCUCUGCAACUGGCUCAGAGCUGCGUCCUCUCGCCCCCCUCGGAGUCGGAGCUCCAGCAGUCUCCCCAGAACUGCCCGAACUUUCCCCAGAUGUGGCACCCACAGCUCUGUGCGAGUCACAACCAGAGCUUUGGGCCCGAGACCCCCGAGACUCCCAUCCUACCCAGCAACUUCCCGGCCGCUGUGCCCCUGAAUGACAGCCUGCCUGUGUCUAACUACAGCCAGCUGAGCCCCGAGGCUGACAGGCUGCUUUAUGAGAAGAGCUACCUGACUGAGGCUGGGCUGCAGCCCGGGGCAGAUCUGCAAGUGUGUCAGUCUGCAUGUGUGGAAGGCCAGGUGCAAUACCAGAGAGGGUCCCUGUGCACAGACAAUGGCAGGCUCAUCAGCUAUGACUCAGUGGGCUCUCUGUCAGCCUCCUCCAGCAAUUACAGCUCCCUCAGCCUCAAGUCUUGUGAGAGGGAGGGUGAGGAGGAGGGCCGAGACAGUUUCUUAGCUCAUUGCAGUCCUAAAGUGGUGAUUCAGCAGAGUGUGGACGCCCUUACUCCACUCAGGGAGUCCUCAGACCUGCUGGAUAUCUCCAACUUCACCCCUGACAAAUUUAGACACUCAUCACUGUCAGAGCUCUCCCCCCCUGAGACCCCCAACCUGUCCCCCCAGGUGGUGGGGCGGGACAUAAAGAUCGCCGGUAACGUCGGAGAAUACCAGGACGUGAACGAUAUGAAUAUGGACUGCAAUAGGGAGGUGAAGUGGAACUGUGAUGUUAUGCAACAACAAGAGCACACGUCAAAUGCAUACACCCCAGUGGAGGACAGCCAGUUUCCACUGCACAACUUCAACAAUCAGGACGUGUUGUGUUUAGAUAAAAAGGAGCUGGCAGGAAGUGAAUUCGAUGAACAGACUGGUGAAAUGUUGACUGGUGCAAAAAGCAUUAAGUCAAAGAGGAAAGGAAAUUGUAAACAGGCAGCUGCAGGACAGAGCCCAAAGAAGGUGAGGGCCCCCAGAGUUCCCAAGUCCGAAAAAGCCAAGACACCCAAACAGAACUCACGCUCCACCAAAAAGAUAAAGGCCAUGUUAGAGGGGAAGGCCGCGAAGAACCAGGCAGGUGCUUGUGGCACCGGUCUGACUGACAGCAGCAGCGCUGGGGACUGGACCGGCACCGGCUGGUCAGAGAGCAACAGUCUGGUCGGAGACGACCAGAGAGAGUUCGAGGAGCCCUCAAACAUUCUGUCCAACAUUGUCUCCGGCAUGGCUGAGGUCCAACGGUUCAUGAUGGCCUCCAUUGAGCCGCUGUGGAAUCCCAUGUCGGACGCCUGCAUGCCCUCGGAGGCCAACAGCCUCAACCUAAAGACCCUCAAAAUCCUGGCAGGCACGGAGGCCGACCUGAAGAAGAAGGGCGCGGCGCUAACGGGGGCUGGGCGGGGCAGGAAGGCGGGGGGCAAGGGGGGCAAGAACCAGGCCAAAUUCAACCCAUCGCACCCCCUGUUCCCUCAACUGGCCCUGGGCUGUAACAUGUUCGAUAAACCCAGCUUUAUUAACCCCGGGCCUGCGCACAAAAAGCUGUACCGCCACAAGACCAGUGCAAAGUUCCCUCGGAUUGAGACACUGAAGGGGAAGCGAGCGGAGAGAGACCCAAAUAAGGACAUAGCACUGAUGAGCUCUUUUGAGAAACUGAGGUAAUAUUUUGUUAUCGGCUGCUGUUGCACCCCUUCUCACUCCCCCCCACUACCUGCUCAGCCCUCCCUCCCAAGCAUACCUACACUGACGCUAUGCCAGAGCUGCAUGAGUACUACGUUCCCCCUGACUACUCCCACUUCCUUUUAACCCCCUCCCCCCCGAAGAGGAAAUUAAUAUCUGCAUGACAAACUUCUUGUACUUUGCAAACUACCUAUCGAGUGAUUGUGUCAAGCUUGAUUGAGAUUUGAAACGACCAUGGCUGCAUUUUUCUUGCUUUCGUUGUUUCUGCUUUGUUUGUUCUUCUUCUUCUAGUCGUUUUUAAUUUUUUUUAAUUUCUGUCUGAAAAAAAGAAUAAGCCUUGAAAACAGUUCUGUCGCCUUUUUGAGGAACUUUGUUUUUGUAUUUUUCUCAGCAGAACUUGCUCCCCUGAAUUAUGUAUUUAUUCCCCCUUUUCCCUAAAGAUGUAGCUAUACAGUAUACACAAAUGCAUUGAGUGACAUCUACGCACCCUCCUCCUCAUCUGUUUUUGUAUGCAGAAUAUGGAUGUCCUGUUGUUGCUGUCCUUCAUACACUGCCUGGCUCAUUUCAAGAGGGACACCUACAAUUAAUGAGCCCGAUUUAAGCCCAAGACAUCUUGAAAACACAAGAUGGGACCAUUUUGUAUUGAUGACAUAUCAGACGUUGUCUUUCCCCCCCCCCCCCUCCCCCCACCCAUCCCCUCAAAGUUGGAAUGACUCCUUGUUUCUUUUGUCAAGUUUUUCUUUGUUCUUCUGGAGUUUAGAGGAACUGGUUAAUCUAAAUUUACAUUUUUACGCCUUGCAAUUCAUAAAAGCUCCACCCUCAGAGUAUUUUUGUCAAUGUUGUUGUACAGGGACAUGCAAUAUUUGCAAAAAAGAUAAUUAUAAUCUUAAAAUCAAUGUGCCAAAAGUAACAAUGCUGUGUAAAUGACCUCUUAUAUAUGUGUGAAUAUUGGCUGUUCCUCUUUUCUAUCCAUUGGAAUAUUGGCUGCUCGGGUUGGAGGCUCCUUACAGAGACUUGCCACUACAGGAAUUCUUUAUUUGGGACUUUUCUCUCUUCUCUGAUGAAAGGCACCAACAGCUGGCAGUGGUACACCACCACUCACUAAACCAAAUCAGAAAGACUCUGAAUUCUCCUCGUUUUCCCCACUUUGUUUGCCAAAUUCAAUUUACCUCAACAUCGCCUGGCACCGAGAAGCAACAAAAGAGAGGCGAAGGGGAGAUCUGCUGUGAAGGCUACUGUAGAGGAAGAAGAUGAAAAAAGAGAUGUUCAAAUGAGCUUCUCUGGACCAAGGAGAGUGUAGUGCAGAUGUUUGAGGGUAAGCAAGGAAAUUACUUGUUAGUUGGGGCUGUGCCUCACUGAAUGGCUGUUUUGUACUGGAAAUCUGAGGCAGUUUAUUACUCAUAGAGGUUGUGAUGCACGCAUCGGUUGUGCAUGAACAUUACAUUUUUGCAGUUAGAUUUCAGGCAAACGUGAAAGCAGUUUUCAGUACAAACAGAAUCAGUAAUCUUGUAAAUGAAAGAAAGCGUGUAUCACAUUCCCUCCACAUGGGAACCUUACUUCACUCUUACCUAUAUGUCUUUCUUUUUUCCAACAUCCUCAUAUUUUAUGAUUUUCCUCAUGAUGUCAGAUUUCUUGUUUUGUUUUUAGACACGUUCUUCUAUAUACUGCCUUUAAUUGUCAACUCGGUUUUAAUGGGUCAAUACUUUGGCGAAAAAUCAAGGCCAAUAAAUGCACAAAUUGAAUAAAAAUGCAUUAGAGCUGUCUGUUCCAGUGUAUUCCCAGGUCAUUUAUAUUAAUUACUUUGGCUCAGUCACUGCCUCACUGCCCUGAACUAAAUCCACCUUAAUAAGGAUUGUACAAUCAUGUUUAAUCUGUUAUAAAACCACUGUAUACAAAACCGAGAAAUGCCGAGGCCCUUCAGCUGAUUACAACACACCGUAUACUCAAACAAUAGCACUAUGUUUUGCGUCGCUUUCAUUCUUAAGUAUAGGAGUAAUUAUGAGACUGGCUGGUGAUGUGUGGACAAACUGAAGCUUGAUUUAAAAACAGGCCUCGCUGGAUAUGCUAAUUCUGACGCACAGGUGAUAGUAAUUGAUUGCUUGCAUAAGGCAAGAAUCAUAAUCAAUCUCUCUCUGUCUCCCUUUUUCUCUCCUCUCUGCCAUGAUCCUUUGUUUCUUUUCUCCAGUGUAUCAGGGUUAGGACCAAGACAAGCUGCUGAUGGGAAGCUCCACAUGGGCUGUAAGCCCAUUUAGUCUGCCUUCUCUCAUUUCUGCCUAUUGUCAAAUUGAAUGUACUUCUCUGAGUUCAUAUUCUUUUUCUGUUUUUUAAUUCUUUAUGUUUCUCAAAUGUGCCACUGUUGAGCUGCCUCAUGUUAAUGGUGCUAAGAAAGCCGACAAUUUCUUUUCUUUUCUUUUCUUUUCUUUACUUUCUUUUUCUUUACAUUUGUUUUCCCAGAGUUAACAAAAAAGAAAUGCAAACUAGAUUAGGUACCUAACCCUCUUUAUGAAUGUAUAUUAUAAUGUUAUGUUAUGUUAUUUGAUGUAUUCACUUCAUGAUUCUUUGACAUUGAUUGGAAUUACUUUUGCUCUUUUCAUUAAAAGAUUACCGAGCUUUAUAUAUACUGUCUAGAGUUGUUACCAGAAGGAAUCUUAAUGAACUCUUGACACUACAAAAUCUUGUAUAUUUUUUGUGUGCCAAUUUGUAACAUAUUUUGUAAGUGUAUAUUUUUCUUAGAAAGUGCUGUGAAGUAUUUGUGUGUGUGAGUAACCUUUUAUGCGCCUCUAUGGGCAGUGGAAAGGAUAUACAACGACAAGUUUCUGGUUUUAAAAACCAAAAUAUGAAAGUAUCAACAGGAAACUAGAAAUAUUUACAUUUUGUUGGGAGUUUUGUAAUAAGACCAUGAUCUUGUUGUGAGAGUGUUGUGUUACUGUGCAAAACACAAAUAAGCAAAGAAAAAAAAUGAAAACUUGGAAAAAAAUAUAAUUUGUGAACAAUUUGCUGUUUUAUAGAUUUUCAUGUAAAUUAUUUGAGUAUUAUUUUGUUUUUUGUUUUUGUUGUAACUGUUGCAAAGGUUUUAAAUAUUUGUGAUCAAGCCUGUAUGGUGAUAAUGUAAUAUUGGUAACUUGCUGAGUUUUGUAAUAAUGUUUAUGGAGUAAAUAUACAAAUUAAAAUAAGAUUUUGAAUGCUG